GUCCCAAACAUAAGGAUAUAUUGAAACAAAAAAGCAGAAGUCAUGAUUUCAAAUGCAAGUUUCUUUUGGUCAAAGAUGGCAGUUUUCGCAUUCUUUCUGAUGCUGUAUUAUGUAAUACAAUGCAAUGGAAUUGGAAGAAAUGUCAAGCAUUGUGAUCUUUGGAUACAUAGUCAUCGUCUAAAACAAAUAAAAGCUUUAAGGGAGGAAUUCAAAAGCUUUACCAAAGUUAUCAAUAGAUCAUUGAAAGAGUUCAAAGAAAAAACACAGGCUGAUUUAAAACUCAUUAAAGCCCAAAAUAGUAGAAACGUUGUGUACACCAGAUGGGGAAAGAAAUCGUGUCCAUCAAAUGCUGAACUAGUUCAUUCAGGUUAUGUCGGAGGAUCACAUUACAACAAUAGAGGGGCAGCGGUAGAACCGAUUUGUUUACCAAGAAAUCCAGAAUGGGGGGUUCACAGGGAUGGUAUGGAUGGACAGAAAGCUUACGUAUAUGGCGCAGAGUACCAAAUGCACACUGUCUCCGGCUACAUGCGUCAAUUCCAUGAUCAAGAUGUCCCAUGUGCUUUAUGUGUGAAGCGUAAUAAAUCCGUUGUCCAGAUGUUUCCAGCAAGAAAAACGUGUUACAAAGGCUGGACGUUGGAGUAUCAUGGCUACCUCAUGGCGGGUAGACCUAUUCACCAAGCUGGAUCCACCUACACCUGUAUUGACGAGCAUCCAGACGUCGUGCAUGGAGGUCACGCAGACAUGAAUGGCUACCUGUUCUACCAAGUGGAGGCUGUGUGUGGUUCUCUGAAGUGUCCACCUUAUGUCAGGGGAAGAGAACUCGUUUGUGCUGUUUGUUCUAAAGAUUGAACAGUCACUUGAAUCCAUACUUUGUAUUGAUUGAUAUGAUAAAAAA